AUGGAAGACCCGGGCCCGGGGUCGGAGUCGGGGUCGGGCUCGGGGGCUGCGGGGCGGCUGCUAACGGAGGACGAGAUGGCCGAGGUGAAGAAGGAUGCUUUAGAAAGGAUGCGUCCUUACCUGUGUGAUAAAAUCAUAGCUGAGAGACACUUUGAUUACCUACGUUCAAAGAAAAUACUCACUAGAGAGGACACAGAAGAAAUUUCUUCUCGAUCUUCCAGUAGGAAAAAAACGGGGAAGUUAUUGGACUACUUAGCAGAAAACCCAAAGGGACUAGAUGCUUUGAUUGAAUCUAUCAGACGAGAAAGAACACAAAACUUCCUGUUACAAAAGAUAACUGAUGUAGUGUUGAAAGUCAAAAAUGAAAAACUUGAAGCUCUCAAAGGUCUAAGCUGCAGCACCUGUAUGACCUCACUGUAUGGAGGAACGAAUAACCUUUCUAGAUCAUAUUCUGAUGAAUCUAAUUUUUUUGAUAAAACAAAAGACAAAGAAUCUACCCAGAUACAUCAUCCAGAAGAAGAUUAUAGCACCGCCGCGUUUGUGUCUGCUGUCUCUCUUCAUUCAAUGAAUUUACCAAUUGCAGAGAUGGGAAAUGCAGAGUGUGCUGUUUUCUCAGCCACCCUUCCAGGGCCUGGAGACCCCGGUGCACCCCCACUCCCUCCAGAGCUCCAGUCAGAGCAGCAAGAACCGUGUACUAGUUCAACUGACAAUUGCUUUUUGCCUUUAAGAUCACGUUCUCUUCAACACCAGUGAACGUAGUGACCGAUGUCUGUUCAUCCAAAUGGUACUGAAACUUUGUGUGAUGUCUUAUAAAGGUUAAAAAAGUAUUUUCAAACUGUUAACUAACAAAAUCACCAGAAACAAUCUAUGCUGUUUACUGUUUUUAAGGAGUAAUUUUUUUGUAGUUGGGUGACUCUGGAGCUGCUUGAUUUUGUGUUCUUUAGGGAGCUUUUAUCAAACGAUCAUGGUAUUACACCAGCAAAGGUUUGUUUUUUAAACCAAUGUAUUUAAGAUUUCACAUUUAGUUGCAGAUAUUUAAGCUGCAGUUAUAGAACAAGUGGGUUUUUUUCUUCCUACAGAAGCUAACAAAUCUGUCCUUAAAGUUUCUGUGACAGGAAAAGAUGGUUAAGAAAACUGUUGUUGUAUUGAAAAAUAGCUUUCUGAACUAAAAGCUUAAGCUUACUUACCAAAGAGCUUAAAUUCAUUUACCAAAUUAAAUGUUUCUCUGUAGGAAAAUUCUUCCCUCUGUGUAUGUGCGUGCAGCUCCAUUUGCAAAAACAAAAAGAAGAAUCUGGCCAAAUCUGUAGCUAUGCUUAUUUGCAAGAAAUCUCUUAAUUGUCUGAACUUUGUUCUCUGUCCUACCAGUAAAUCAAAAGGCACUCAAUUUCGCGGUGAUUUGAGUUAACAAAUAUACUUCCAUAAGCCUUAGCAUAUUAUUCUUGUAUGUUAGAGAUACCUGAUUUGAUAUGCACUUUACAUAUAAAUUCUCACUAGUACUGGAAAAGGAACAUAAACUGCUGUAACGGCAUCAUGUGGGCUGUAAGAAAAUGUUACUGUAUAAUGCUAUCAAGGAGCAAAGCUUGUAUGUUUUGUCCCAGUAGGUAAGUAGAGGAGGACUCCUGUAGCAAGAAAGUAACCAUAACUGAAGGACUCUUGGACAUGUUGCACUUCAGAUACCUAGUCUUCAAAGCAGAUUGACAGGUUUAUAUUUCGAAUUGUUUAGAGUCAAAUGCAUUUUAAACUAUUUCAGCAUGGGAAGGUUCUCAUUUCUUGACACAAUGUAACAUGCUGUGUUCCUCUCAUACUCUAGUCUUGAGCUGUAAUCUACUUUUUAUGAAGUUGACCUAUAAUCACUUGAAAAUUACUAGGCGAAGACAAAACUUUUGCUUGGAAAUGGGUACAGUUGUGUUCUGCAUUUAAGGCUUUAAAUUAUUUUGGCUCUCAUACAGUGCUAUAGCUGUGUAAUUCCAUUCAAAUUCAAACCCAGCUAAUAUUCCUAAACUGUGUUCUCCUUUUGUGGAGACAGGCCGUCUGCAGGACCUCAGUAUAGUCUCUAAAUUUUUUUUCAUGUUUACUCUGGUUUUGGAAGUAGGUUAAACUGCAAUAUUCAACUACACUCCAUACUUACACAUAAAUAGCUUACAUUUGAUAAAGAUGUGGGCUUCUGCUUAGUGUUUAUAGAAAUCCUUGUUUUUUCUUGUAUACAUCUAAGGUUGUAGACUGUCAGGAUAGUGAAAAUGCUUUUUAGCAAAACUGCUUGGUUCAGAAGGCACUCUGGAAGUUAAGUGCCUAAACAUGCAAGCAAAAUUUUGCUCUCCAACAUGAAAUUACGGGUAGGUUUAAAUCCCUCUCUUCCAUUAACUUGAACUGUAGUUGCACAUACUCAGGAUGUCUAAAAAUUGAUUUGUCUAAAUGCCCCCGGUAACCACUUAAAGAACUGUGCUUAGGUUUGGGUCCCUUCUUGGAUCCUUUUAAAGGAAGGAGUGUGAGCAAGCUUGGACUUAACUGAAAAAAAGCAUCAGCUCAGGGUGAAGACAGCUUUGCAGAUCUAAAUCCGAACACGUGAGGUGCGCUGCCUGCCCCACAGUGCGCUGUGCAGCCUGCAGGAAGCGUACCUGUGCAGAGAUCGCUCCUGCAGUGGAGCCCACUAACCUGAGACUUUAAAUGAAUGUAUUAUCUUAGCAAAUGUUUAUAACAUGCAUUUUUAAAAAUUUGAAAUGUUUUUAUCUCAACUUUUUGGA